GGCGCAGUGCCAGAUCGCGACGUCCAUGUUGCAGGUGGUUGUUACAUUUGUAAUGAAACGAAUAUAGUGUCUUAUAAUUUAAACCAUUUAGCCAUGAAACAGGCUGAAAAAGUAUCAUCUAUUCCCAACACUGGGGACCAUAUUUAUGUUCUUCGUUCCUUGAGCUACGCGCAUCACGGUAGGUUGCUUCAAUCACUUUUUUUCUGUGUUCUUUUUAGCCUUUAUUUGUUAUUGGUUAUAAUUGAAUAUUGUUUUGCAAGCCUAAUCCAGGCUAUAAAUUGGGAGAAAACUUAAAAAUUACUUCGCUUUCACAUCUCGAAAUAUCAGUUAUAACAUUCACCCCUCUGAUUAAGACUAAGAAAGAAAAACGAAAAUGCAAAUCUUCCCAAUUAUGAGACCAUGGAUUUUCUCGCGGUAGUACCUGAAUCUAGCCAUAAUGAAGGACUUUCACAUACAUUACGUCGUAACGCAUCUUAGGUCGGUACUUCAAGAUUUCUUACAAACUUUAUCCACUGGCUAUUUACCUUAAAAUAAAUUAAAUAAUAGGGAAAAAAAGGAGGAAGGGGAUGGUCGAAAGCUUGGUUUAGGAAAAGCAGCAUCUUGGUAUUUUACAAUAAACCCUUCUGACCAUCAUCAUUGCUAUGAUUAUGAAGACUUACACAACAUUGCUCACCAGGAAUUUAUCUACUUUCGAUACGCAAAAGGAAAUUUAUUGCUCCAUUCAUAAAAGAAGGAAGCAUGCAAAUUUCCGCCAUUGAGCGAAGAGUUUGACAUUAUCUACUGUGCGCGAGCUGAGAACGCCUUAAAUCAUGUACAGUAAGGAUAUACAAUGCAAAAUUUGAUGUAAAAUAAGCUACAUUUUUAACAAAGGAGCAUGGAAUGCUUCUCUAUAUUGACCUUGUGUCGAUGUACUCUAUUGUUAUGUUCCUCUCCUAUCAAUGUGAAAAGCAGUGAUAUGUGUGAUGCACCCUCCCUUCAAUCGUCUUUCAAUAAUAACUAUCUCCUAGCUGUGUACUUUUCAAUUAUGGAUAUCUUAUUUUCCGGCAGGUAUUUAUGUGGGAGAAAGCAAAGUGGUGCAUUUCCAAACACCUCUUGAAACUGGUCGAAUGGACAGUUCAGCGAUUGCAGAAAGCGAAUUCGACGAGUUCCUGGGAUCUGACGGCUUCGAUUGGUAUUUAUACCAAUACGGAGUGACCGCGGAGGAAUUUAGCAGAUACCCCCGUGGUACAUGCACAACAACACAUAGCGAUGAUGUCACCACCGUCAUUGAUCGCGCGCGCAAGGCAAUUCGAGAAGGAUUUGGUCAGUUCAAUAUUGUUGGAAAUAAUUGUGAGGACUUUGCGUUGUACUGCAAGACAGGCCAGCGAUCACAGGCAAGCGGUCAAUAUCUGUCAGCCAUGCGUAGGAUAGAGGCCGCGCGCCAGGCUGCGGCGACUGGGUACAAAAGUCCCAUAGUAUACGCUGGGUGUGUCAUGGGGUGGUUCUCUGCGAAAGAUUUCGGAAAAACAAACAGCUUGGACCAAGAACGAGAAGAACCGCCA